GACUGUGGGGGUCCAUCACAUUGUGGCAUAGGCUGUAGUGCGCUUGUGGCUCACAAGAUAGGAGGUUAUCCGGUAUGUACUACUGUUGGGCGUACGUCAAGCAUGAUAAUUGAUCUCAUUGAUGAAAAGAGUCCCCACAUGGGUGUUGUUGUUACGAUGUCAAAUAACUUCUCGGAACUCAACUGUUCACUUGCUGUGUCUGUGAUCUGUGAUUCAAGUGGAGUUCAAGGACCUCAGGCACUGGAGAAAGUUGGGACUUGCGAUUACGCUACACUACUAAGGCACCCUUCUGGUUGUGCCGAGAUAGUAUCUGUCCAUGGGAAAGGACUGGGCUGGUUUGGCACCUUCAUAACCAUAAUCUUAUGCCUCUUUGGAGGGUAUCUGCUGGCCGGUAUUGUUUAUCGUUUUUUCUACCUUGGCAUUCGUGGCAUAGAUGUUAUUCCUAAUUUGGAAUUUUGGGCCAGUUUACCCCAUAGAGCUCAGAGUAUGUUUAUGUUGUUGGUGCGGAAAUUUAAAGGACCUUCUGAAGGUUACCGAAGCUCCUAUUCUCCCGUCAACUUUUGAGUGUCGUCCUCAGUUGACUUUUGUUAGUGAAGUAAUCUUCAAUUGCCUUGGCUUUACUGCUAGCAUUCAGCAAACAAGUGCAAUCAGAUUCAGUUUGGACACCGGAUUUUAGUCAAUCAGGGCUGCUUGCUAUAUCACAGCAGAUUUUUAUUAUCCCUUUUCUGGACACACGGCCGCUAUACAUUGGGCAUCUUCUCUUCCUGCAUCAAUAUAUUAUUCAUUUGAUUGUUUGUAGUCACUGUUAAAAUUUUGAAUCUGAGCAACAUCGUCAUUUUUUUCAGUUUUGACAGUUUUUUUUUUAAAUUUAUUUAUUUGCUGCUUGCACCCAAGUUCAGAGAUCAUGUAGUAUGCUCAGUGGCAAAGUGUGUACUAAAAUGAAUGAAAUAUGAUCUAAUCAAAGUUGGUUUGUUAUUUAUUUA